AUGGCGCGGUGGUCAUUGAUCCUGGCCAACUGGGCGCUAACCAAUCCGCCUUGGAAAACGGUAAACUUCACGCAUAGUGCGGUAGAUGACGAAGCGAGCGGGUCCGAGUGGCUGUCAGCGGUGGCACUUAUCGCUCAGCACCGUGGCCAAUUGUAUCUCGGAAAUAAAACAAUCGUGCGCGGUUGUGCCAAGAACAACAGAUUGAAGUAUCUCGCAGCGCUGGGGCUGGUCCGGAUCCACGGUGGCUUGCUUGGCGGUGCUGGAGAACUCCCAUCGAGGCCAAUCACGGCCAACUGCGACUCGUUCGCGUCGUCGUUGGUCUCCGCCGCGAAUGGAUAUCGGUUUCGAUGGAUCGCUUCGACGCCGCGUGGAUGGGGCGCUUUGGUAUCCGUUUCGGGGGUUGAAGCUGUUGGAGCCACCCUCUCCUGA